AUGCAGCCCCGCUCAAGACCUGCGGGAAACCGCGCCUUGUCCAUUAUACGCUACGUGAUACGCCAACGCACGUUCCAGCUGGUAUCCGGUUUCCUAUUGCUAUGUUUCAUCUAUCUCUACCUGUUUGCCGGCGGGUCCAGCACCUACACUCCACCGCAUACCGGGCACGACGAUGCGGAUCCGACGAGGAACACCAUACAUGCUAGCAUCAUAGUGCCGACGUAUCAUGAACGGGACAACAUCCGACCGCUAGUCACCAGAACCUUCGCUGCACUCACCCAACCCACUGUGACGGAGAUUGUCAUUGUGGACGACAACUCGAGGGACGGGACUGUGGAGGAGGUGGAGAAGCUGCGGGAGGAGGGCUACAACGUACGAAUAAUCGUACGGACGGAUGCGAAGGGCCUAUCGUCCGCGGUGCUGAAGGGCUUCGAGGAAGCGAGGGGAGGCAGCUUGGUGGUAAUGGACGCAGACCUACAACACCCACCGGAAGCCGUGCAACGUGUCAUCGACGCACUGGACGAUCCGACCACUCCAUUCGCACUCGGAACGCGAUAUGGUCCAGGAACCCAUAUGAGCGAGAACUGGCCUAUAUAUCGCCGGAUUAUCUCCUGGGGAGCUCGAAUCCUCUCUCGGCCCCUCACGACUGCAAGUGACCCUAUGACGGGUUUCUUUGGCAUCAGGAAAGAAUUUUUCCUUCGCACCGCUCCCAUCAACCCCACAGGAUUCAAGAUUGCCCUCGAAUUGCUACUGAAAGUACCACUGCCGCCCAAUGGCAUCGCUGAGGUGCCGUACGACUUUGGCACAAGGACAGUGGGCGAAUCAAAACUUUCCUCCAAAGUCAUUCUGCGAUAUGUCGGCCAGCUAAUCAGCUUAUACUACUGGUCAUGGGGUCUCAUCUUCCCCAUCGUCUCCGGGCUCAUCGUUGGCUGCGGCAUUGUGACGUGCAUGUUUGCUUACGACGUAUGGCAAGAGCGCCGAUUGAGAGCGCGAUACAGCCGAAGGAUGAAGCUCAAGUCGGAGGUGUGA